AUGAUGAAAUCUAAGAAUGCUUCUUCUUCGUCAUCACAAAACACAUCAAAUGCAACUCCUGCCAAUCCCAUUUGCUGUAUUGAUGGAUGCAGUAGACAAUCCUCAAUCAGAAACUUUAGUUGCUUGCAAGGAGUGUGGCAAGUAAAGCUAGAGCAUGCGAAUAGCCCUAAUAUUGAGGGUCUAAAGAUUUGUACAACUCACUACAAUGAGGAUUUACGACAACAUCCAAGAGUGGCUGGUCAAGGUAACAAUCACCACACCACUCGAAAAGACAAACUUCGAAAACAACGAUUGCAAGAAGAACGAAAACGUUUGGAGCAAUCUCUAAAGAACAAGGACUCUCUGGGAACUCCAGACAGUGAUCAACAAAACAAUCUCCUCAUCAGCAACAGUAGCAGUAACAACAACAGUAGUGAUGCAUUUCAUACUCUUAACAUUAGUAGUAGCAACAGCAGUAGUAAUCAACAUCUUUCUCAAUCCUCUCAACACCACCUCCUGCGUUCACAUGUGCAACUUCAACCACGACGUGGGUAUAAGCGAAAGACCAUAGAAUCUGAGACAAAGUCACCAUCCAAUUCAUCGGUUUCAUCCUUAUCUUCAGAUGAUGAAGAUUCAGAUACAUGUAUCAACAGUAGUAUGGUUGUCGUUGCACAUGAGGGGACAUCCCCACUUCGACCGUAUUCUUCCGACGAAAACGUCAACACUAUUUCUUCACAGAAAAAACAAGAACGUUCAGCAUCGCUGCUUUCUGUUGAUGAGCAACUACCGGCAUCAUCAAUAAGUAUCAACAAGCGAAAGCGAUAUUCCAACAGCCGAAAGUCGAUCAGCAAAAACCAAUCAGCCAUGACAGAGGAAGAAGAUUCGGAAUACGUUCUUAUGGACACAAAGCAAAUAUUAUCGAUUAUUGAAAAUCAGAGUGGAGUUGCCAAUUUUGUUCCGCAUGUUUCCAUGGUUUAUAAUUUAAACAAUUCCUUCUCCUUCAAAUAUGAUUUGACUCUCUUUAGAGAAAUGAUUCGGUUACGACCUCUGAACAAUUAUUAUUUAAAUUUUGAAGACAAUUCCCGAGUGUAUGUUUUGAGAAUGAUUCACCCAUCUACAGCAACGAAUGCUUCGAGUUCAACAAGUACAACAUCACAGCGUCACGUUUCGAACGUAUUAUUUUCAUUGUGCGAGCAACAUCAAACAACAAGUAGUACGGCACAAAAAACGACGAGUGAUGAACAACAACCUAGUAAUGAUGGAAAUGCCAAUACGGAACUCAUUUUGGAGAACAAUAUCGAAUGGCUUGAAUUACAAUGGGGUCUUUCAUCAUUGAAAGUCAGAGAACGAGAGAUUGAAAUACGGUGCUUUCAAUUCUUCAAAUAUUCGUAA